AUGGCAGAUCUCUUGAAUGUAGCUACGGCGAUGUCGCUUUCUGGACGAGUAGGCCUUGUUACAGGCGGAGGAACAGGGAUAGGAUUUAUGAUUGCCAAAGCCUUCGCUGCAAACGGUGCGAAAGUAUACAUCACAGGGCGAAGGUCGGAUGUGCUGGAAAAAGCUGCGGCAUCAAUCACAGGCAUCCCAGGAUCCAUUGUUCCACUCCAGAUGAAUGUGACAGAUGAAGAAAGCGUCAAGGCUGGCGCAAAGCUUAUUGAAGGAAUCGAUGGCAGGCUCGAUAUCCUUGUCAACAAUGCUGGGUUUGGUGGCUCCCUUCGCGACCCAAACUUUGCCGAGAAGAAACUCGCAGCGUCAGAUCCAUUUGAACCCGAGACGGUACAGAAUUGGAUGGACAUCUUCGCGCUAAACACCAUCGCGCCGUUCUUCGUCGUCCGUGCCUUCCAAUCCCUUCUCAUCAAAGGAGCAUAUUCCCGCCCUCAAGGAACGUCGAGCGUCAUCAACGUUAGCAGCGCGGGGGCAAAGAUAAAUACACCAGUGAAGGUGGGCUGCCUGGGGUACGGCCCGACGAAAGCAGCCUUGGAAAAGCUCACUCUUGUUCUGGGGACGAGCUUUGCCGGGAGGGGAAUCCCGAUCCGAGUGAACGCGCUCGAACCUGGCUUGUUUCCAUCGGAAAUGGCCACUCCUGAGGUUAUGAGUAUGAUCAAUGCGGAGCCAUUGCCUGGGUUUGGGGCUCCCAUACCCGCGAGGAGACCAGGAACCGAGGCGGAGAUGGGAAUGACGGCGAUCUAUUUGGCGGUAUCUGACUAUACGAACGGGGCGAUUUUGAGUGUUGAUGGUGGGGUGGCGUUGGUUAAUCCUUGA